UACGCCGGUACGAAAUGGUUCAGCGGGCUGCGCGCCUCAACUCGUCCUCACCCGGUCCUUUGCCUUUCCCUCCCCUGGACCUGUGAAGGGCUGCAUGCAAAACAAGACCAGCUCAUGGCCUUUGCAUCAUCCUGUCAUCCAAAACCGAAGCAGAGCAUCUUGAAAUGUGUGGCUUUUUAGAUUGUAUUUCAGCUGCCCUGGACUGAGAACAGUGGUUAUCAAGAAUGCCGCGAGGUCCGAAAUCAGCACAUUCUGAGAGCGUGAAAGUUGUUCUGCGAUGUCGGCCCCUGAACAAAAAGGAAGUCGCCAGUGGCUAUGACACAACGUUGGAGAUAGAUUCUAAAAGAGGUCACAUCACGCUUAAGAAUCCGAAGAACCCAAAUGAAUCUCCGAGGGAGUUCACCUUUGAUGCAGUCUACGACUGGAACUCGACCCAGGUUGACAUGUACGACGAGACGUUCCGCCCGCUGGUGGACUCGGUACUGCAGGGCUUCAACGGCACCAUAUUCGCCUACGGCCAGACGGGCACCGGCAAAACCUACACCAUGGAAGGCGUCCGUGACGACCCCGACCAGCGGGGCAUCAUCCCGCGCUCGUUCGACCACAUCUUCAGCCACAUCGAGCGCUCGGAGAACUGCCAGUACCUGGUUCGCGCCAGCUACCUCGAGAUCUACCAGGAGGAGAACCGAGACCUGCUGAACAAGGACCAGCACCAGCGACUGGAGCUGAAGGAGCGGCCCGACACGGGCACAUACGUCAAGGACCUCUCGUCGUUCGUCUGCAAGAGCGUCAAAGAGAUCGAGCACGUGAUGGCCGUGGGAAACGCGAACCGCAGCGUGGGGGCGACGAACAUGAACGAGCACAGCUCGCGCUCGCACGCCAUCUUCCUGGUAACGGUCGAGUGCAGCGAGCUGGGCCUGGACGGCGAGCCGCACAUCCGCGUCGGCAAGCUCAACAUGGUGGACCUGGCCGGCAGCGAGCGCCAGGCCAAGACCGGCGCCUCGGGCGAGCGGCUGAAGGAGGCCACCAAGAUCAACCUCAGCCUGUCGGCUCUCGGCAACAUCAUCUCGGCCCUGGUGGACGGCAAGUCCUCCCACAUUCCAUACCGCGACUCCAAGCUCACCAGGCUGUUUCAGGACUCGCUGGGCGGUAACGCCAAGACGGUGAUGGUGGCAAACAUCGGGCCGGCCUCGUACAACUACGACGAGACGCUGAGCACUCUGCGAUACGCCAACAGAGCCAAGAACAUCAAAAACAAGCCCAAGAUCAACGAGGACCCCAAAGACGCGCUGCUCAGGGAGUUCCAGGGCGAGAUCAUGAAACUCAAGGCACAACUUCGCGGCCGGACCGGCGGCGGCGACAAGUGGCGCAGGCGGCGCGCUCGCGGCGGCGGCGCGGACGGGGACGACUCCGAGCCGGAGCUCGCGCCCGAACAGCAUCUGGAGCAGGAGCGGCGCCGGCUGGAGCAGGAGCGGCGUGCCAUCGAGGACGACCAGAGCCUCAUCGCCGAGGACCGUGAGCGGCUGCUGCGGGAGCUGCAGCUUCAGGACGAGCAGCUGGAGCGCGAGCACCAGGCGCAGGAGCGGCUGGCCGCCAAGAUCCAGGCCAUGGAGUCGAAGCUGCUGUCCGGCGGCAGGACGAUCGCUGACACGACCAACCAGCAGCAACGUGACCUGGAGCUCAGCCGACAGCGCAUCUCCGAGCAGAAGGCACGGGAGCGGGAGAUGCUGCAGCGGAUAGAGGAGCAGGAGGUCUCGCGGCUGGACAUGCAGCAGACCUUCCAGUCGCUGCAGCAGGAGGUGGAUGUCAAGACCAAGAAGCUGAAGAAGCUGUUCAACAAGCUGCAGGCAGUGAAGCGCGACAUCCUGGACGCGGGGGAUGAGUUUCUGGUCGAACGCCGCGAACUGGAGGAGACGCAAAACUCGCUGCUCAAAGAGCUCAAGCUCAAGUGCCUGAUCCUGGAGAACUUUGCGCCGGCUGAGGAGCGCGCCAAGCUGCUGCGGCGCGCCACAUACGACGACGACGAGGAGCGGUGGCGGCUGGCGGCGCGGCCGGCCGUCGCCCAGCUGGCCGGCCGGCCGGUGAGCGCGCGCGGCACGCGCCGGCCCGUCUCCGAGUACGCCCUGCUGGCCGGCUCCGUCACCGGCGCCACCCGAUACAAGGGUGAGAACAUCAUGUGCAUGGAGCUGGACCCGCCGGCGCGCACCACGCGCGACUACCAGGGCCCGCUGGUGGCGCCGCGCUUCCAGGCGGCGCUGGAGGCGGCGCUGACGCCGCAGGAGCACGAGAUCAGCGUCAGCGCCGCGCCGGCC